GCCAGGGGGCUUACCCUGGCGGGCCGCAUGCCAAAGGUUGCCGAUCCUUGAAUUAUACACUCACUUAACUUGACUAACACGAGUAGUCCCACUAAAAUCAGCGGGACUACUCAUGUUAGUGAAGUUAAGCUAGUGGAUGAAGUUAGGACUUCACUUGGCAUCAAAAUUGCAAAGCAACUGAAAAUAUUUUUGUUAAAUGGUUAUAUUUAGAAACCAAUUAUUAUAAUUCAAGGAUGACUAAUUCGGUUUUGUAAAUGUGGGGGAAUUGAUACGCUGCAAAUCCUAUUCGCGUGGUAUUUCCUUAUUUGUGAUCUGACACUUGCUUUUUUCUGUGCAGUGCCUUUAUUAAAAUCCCUGAAUACAUAUUUUAAACAACUUUUUUUUAUUUACCAUUGGGCUAGCAGACUCCAGAUUUUCCUUGUGUUUGGAUAUUUUUUAAGGCUGCUUGUAGAUCGUUAUAUUCAUAGCAAAAGUGUUGCUUGUAAUCAUGAACAGUGGAAAUCAAUUUGUGGAAACUUUAAAGAAAGUUGGUUAUCCAAAAGCUGCUCAGCUUAAUGGAGAAGACUUUGACUGGUUGUUUGAAACUGUGGAAGAUAAAUCAUUUUUGGAGUGGUUUUGUGGAAAUGUGAAUGAGCAGCAUGUGUUAACUGAAAAAGAACUGCAAGCUUUUGAUGCUCUUCUUAAAUCUGGCAAGCCCAUUUUAGAAGAAGAGGCUUUGGAUGAAGUUCUUAAAACCUGCAAAACCUUCGAUUCAAAAUCAAGUAGCAUGGAAGAAGGAGAACUUCAGAAGCUAGAGGAAGAGUUUCAAGCUCUUCAGAAAAUUAAAAACCUAAAAAUUCAUCGUCGUAAUAAGCUUCAAAUGAUGGCCUCAACAAACAGCCAUAUGUCACUGAAGUUAAAUGAUAAAGCAGAAGAAGCAGCUAAAAUUCUGAAAGAGAGACAAGGAAUUUUCACUACUAUAAAUACUAAGAUAAAUAAUGAACUUCACUCUCUUACUGAAGGAGUUAAGAAGUUGACCUUUUUCUUCACCUUUUCUGACUCGGAACAAGGCUUAGGUCCUCAUCCAGUAUUUUUAUCCCAACUUGCCUUGGAUAAAUAUUUGUGUCAGGAAGAGAAAAGCACUGCAGCACUUACUUCAUACACAAAAAAACAGUUUUUUCAAGGUAUAUCAGAAUUGGUUGAAAGUUCAAAUGAAGAAAAUUUCCAACUUGUAGAUAUAAGCAAACCAUUAAUUUGUGAUGAGAACAAUGAAGUCUGCAAGGAGAGACUUGAGAUGGCUAGGCUGCAGAUGGCAUAUAUUUGUGCUCAACAUCAGCUAAUUCAACGUAAAGCUAAAGAUUUAAGCAUAAACUCAGCUGUACAAUGGGCAGAGAAUAAUCUUCAAUCCUUAAAGAACAAGACUUUUGGAAAAGAACACCUUGAGGCUAGAAUUUCUAGCUUAAACAGUGACAUUUCAAAAAUAAAAAAACAGCUAACUCAAAUAAAUAAUGAAAUACUUCCUUCCCUGGUGAAGGAGAAUGCACAGCUAUUGAACAUGCCUGUGGUGAAAGGAGAUUUUGAUUUGCAGAUUGCUAGGCAGGACUACUAUACAUCAAGACAAGAUCAAGUAUGCAAUCAGUUGCUAAAACAGAAAGCAUCAUUUGAACUUCUUCAGCUAGCUUAUGAAAUUGAAUUGAGGAAACAUCGGGAUAUCCAUCGUCAACUUGAGAACAUAAUACAAGAUCUGAAACAGAGCAGCAAGGCCCUAGAACAGAGACUGGAGAUGAUGUCUGACCCACUUAUAACUCAGCAUGCAGUACCACGGAACACUAUUGAUUCAAGGGAUGGUGCCUCUCAUAGGCUAUACCAGCUUUUGGAAGGAGAGAAUCAGAAACAACAAUUGUUCAGAACGCAUGACGGUAUUGAACAAGUGGCACAGAAAUUAAAGCAAGACAUUACUUCAGUGCAAGAUCAGCUAGCAGUAUCUUCUCAAGAACAAUUUCUCUUUUUGUCUAAGCUGGAUAGUGAUUUAGAUGCACUUUGUGACUCUCUGUAUUGUGGGGGAAAUAAGAUCUUGCUUAGUAACCAGGAACUAACAGAACAACUUUAUCAACUGGAAGUGAACUUAAAUAAACUAAAUCAGCUUAUUAUGGAUCUUCUUGCUGAUGUAAAGGCCAAGAGAAAGGUUUUAGAGACAAAUACACUGCAUCAGAUGGAAAGAAAAUUGUAUGUGUAUUUUUUCAAAGAUGAAGACUAUUUGAAAGAUAUUGUGGAGAAGCUAGAGCAUCAGUCUCAGGCUCAAACCGUUGGUCUAGAGGAUUAAACAUUAAAUGCAUCUUUGUUCUACUGUUAAGAUGUGGAAAUAUUUAGUGUAGACUUUUCUUUAUGAUUCAAUAGGAAAACAAACUUUUUGGAUAAGUGCUUUAUUUGAUAAACUAAUAUAUCAUUAUCAGCCUUAUCAAGAACAGACUGUAAGCUCCUUUAUAGUUUUUGGCGUACAGAGACUUUGGAUUCAUACUUCAGUUUGUGAGGGUUUGCUUUACAAGAGAGGGAAUGCAUUAAGUAUCUAGAUACUGCUAGACUACAUAUUACCCAAUGUUAUUUAAUGUGUAGAGUAAAAUGCAGAUUCCUGCUUCCAUGAUAUGCUUUUCCUUUGUCUUCAGAUGCUAUGAAAUCCUUCUUCAUGUGUGAUCUGCAAAGUUAGUGCAGGGAGGGCAUUUUAGGGGUUGGAACCAAGGAACGGCUGUUGAAUAUAGUAUGCUUCCUUCUGAAGCAGAUGAUUUUCCUAAUAGUAAAAUUUUACAGUAACUUCUGUCCUGCGAUCCUUUGAGAGCAUGUAAGGUGCAGUUGUGCAAAAGUGACGGCAUGUUUGGGUAUAGAUCAAGUAUAUCUGCUUUUUUUUCUACAAACUGUCCAAAAUCCCUUGGAUUAAUUGAUUGCCCUUCUUUCCUCUUCAUGCUACUCUUCCAAACUCUUCCUAGAAUCUUGAAGUUCUAAGAGCUUUGAACUUGCCUUUUGUAGCAGGGUGUCCCAAAGAUGUUUGUAUUCAGCACAUAAUUAAUCUGCUAUGAAAUGUUUCUUUUUUUGGCUCACUCUAGAAUUUGUAGUAACACAAAUUUCAGAAUGUUUUAAUAACUCUGCCAGAAUUAUUCAAUUUUUAAUAAGAAAGAUUUUUGACUCAUCAACUGCAACCCCAAGAUAUGUGUAGAAAACAAUAUAAGAAACUUGUUAUAGAUUAAAGAGAAUUAAAUGUGAUUUCACACAAUUAUGAUACCUUUUCUCUACUGUGUCCAUUGGAUCUGGAUCCUGAUGGGAGCAACAAUUCUACUUGCUUUCAGGUCAUAUACAGAUAUGUUUAUAAAUAUUUAU